AACACUUCCUUUCUGCAUAAAUACUGGCCACACAAACAGAUGAGGAACACAACACAGUCCUCUACAGAGAGAGAAACUAGUGUUAGUUUACUGAAUGUGGAAAUUAAAAUAUAGAAAAGGUUGAAACUCUGUAAAUAUGCAUGGAAUUGUGAAUGAUAGCAUGGAUAAAGGUUCAAUAAUGGACUCAGAAGACCGAAUAGAAAGGAUCGUUGAUAUCUACGUCAGUGCAGAGGCUGUAAGAGACAUGAAACAUAAGAAAGAGACAGAAGACUUCAACACAGAAGAACCCCGAACACCUCGACACACAGAAGACUUCAACACAGAAGAACCCCGAACACCUCGACACACAGAAGACUUCAACACAGAAGAACCCCGAACACCUCGACACACAGGAAGUGAUGGUGUGACGAUCUCCAGAGCAGCUGGUGUGUGUUUGGGACUGAUGUGUGUUCUUCUGAUGACUGCAGUCAUAGUGCUGUGUGUCACCUUCAUUCAAGAGAGACAACAGCUGUUAACCAACAAUAUGAGCCUCACAGAAGAGAGACAACAGCUGCAGACUAAGAUCACCAACCUCACAGAAGAGAGAGAACAGCUACAAACCAACAAUAUGAACCUCACAAAAGAGAGACAACAGCUGCAGACUAAGAUCACCAACCUCACAGAAGAGAGAGACCAGCUACUAACCAACAAUAUGAACCUCACAAAAGAGAGACAACAGUUGAAGACUAAGAUCACCAACCUCACCGAAGAGAGAGACCAGUUAAAAUCAGAAAGAAAUGAUCUUCAGAAGUUUGUGGAUGGAUUGAAGUGCCAUCAAUCCAGUCUUUACUUCUUUUCCUCUGAGAAGAAGAACUGGAAUGAGAGCAGAAGAUACUGUAGAGAGAGAGGAGCAGAUCUGAUCAUCAUCAACAACAGAGAGGAACAAGAUUUUGUGAAGAAUAUUUGUGGUUCUGAUCAUUUCUGGAUUGGUUUGACUGAUGUUGAAGUGGAGGGCAGAUGGAAAUGGGUUGAUGGCAGCACACUGACCUCUGAGUGAGAAAUCACUGAACUGAACUGAUUAUUAUCUAAUAAAUGAUUGUCUCAGUCAGUAUCAUAUCACACAGAAAGCAGCUCUGAUCUAACGCUGAUCUGUUGAUGCAGGUUCUGGGCGUCUGGAGAGCCAAACAAUCAGGGAAACGAAGACUGUGUUAACACUCAUUCAUCAGGAUGGUUUGAUACUAAAUGUGAUAGUAGUGUUAAAUGGAUCUGUGAGAAGACUAUCCUUAAAUAAAUGAUACAUUAUAAUAAAAAUGUACAUAUAUGCAUUAUGAACAAAUGUGUCAAUAAUUUUACCUUUUUUUUUUUGAAUGGCACAUUAAUUAGGUUAUUCUGUAAAAACAAAUAAAAAAAUAAAUAGAAAAAAAAAACAUUGUAAUAUAAAAAUGUUCAUAUCUAACUUCUUAAAAUCAUUUUGUUUUUAAGUUUUAGAUUUGAACUAAAAUCUAAAUGUGAAAAACAACAGCAAUGUUUCUACAGACUGAAAUACACUAAUAUAAUAGAAAUAUUCAUAAAAAUAACCAAAAUGAUCAUGAUUUUAGGAGUAUUACUCAGUACAUCAGUAAAGUUUGAUUUGAAAUGUGACUCUUGUAGCUUUUUUGUAAUUACAGUAUGACAAUAAACAUGAUUUACUUGUUUUCAAAAA